ACAUUUUUUUUUUUUAAGAAACCAUUAGUAGAAUUAAGAUUAUUAAAGGAGAAGUUAUUUUAAUAAAAACAAGUCAGUUAAAGAAAAAAUAGGACUUCAAGAAUAAUGUUUAUUUACACUAGUCUUAUAAAUGUAGCCUUGAACGAGAAAUAACACUUUGUCCCAAGACUAUGUCAACUUAACAUGUGUAGGUGAUAAUGCAAGAUAGGAUAUGUCAUUUUAUCUAAGGUGUUCGUCUUUUCUACUGUCCCUUUAUUUUCUAUUAAACAUAUAAGUAAUGGUUUCACUUUUGACAUGUCUGACAAGAUUCCUAAAAAUGAAUAUAAUAGUAAUGGCGAAAGGAGAGCUACCCAAGUGAGUUUUUCCAAAAAUAAAGAUGAAAUUAGCAUACAAGAUGAUAGCGAGGAUGAAAUUACCUUGGCACCGUACAUACAGACUUACCUUGCACAUAGCGGUAAUCAGUUUGGAUGUUGUGGUUUUUGUUUUCCUGUGCCUUUUGAAAGAGCUUCAAAUAAAUCUUGGUGGGAUCCAAAAUUUGAUUCUGAGAUACUUGAAAAUCAAUACAGAAACAGUUCCUUUGCACAAAUUAGACUGCGAUUUAGAUACUCCUUGGUUUACAUGCUAAUUCUCUCAAUUAUAUGGUGUCUUCAACUCAUAACAUUUGGAAUACUUGAUAAGUCCCAGAAAGAUGCCUCACCCCUUGGUGUUAUAUUUUUUUUGUUUGCCGUGUUUUGUAUAAUAGUCCUUAUAAUUACCCAUACAUCACUUUAUAGAAGAUAUAUAUUACCUGUUUCUUUUGUAGUAUCAUUAGUUAUGUGUUUACUGUCUAUUGCAUCAGUUAGUCAAUCACCGGUUUUAAGUCCUGCUAGUGAUUUUGCUAUAUGCAUUGAAAUAAUAAUGAUCAUUUAUACUGUGAUACCAUUGCCUUUAUAUUUGUGUGUCUUGAUGGGUGGAUUAUAUUCGGUACUUUUUGAAAUACUAGGAACUGGUUAUGCCUUACCUAUCAGAAUCGUUUCACAUCUAUGUGUCCACUUAAUAGCUCUUCAUAUAUUGAUCAUGACAAAUGUCCGUAUGCGUGGAACUUUUAUGAAAGUAGGGCAAUCCCUAUUAGUUCGCAGAGAAUUAGAAAUAGAAAAGGAACUGAAAGAGAAAAUGAUUCAUUCUGUCAUGCCUCCUUGCUAUGCCAAUUGGUUAAAAGAAAAAGAGAAAGAAGAAAGACAUAAAAAGGUAAAAGAAGAAAGAGAAAAGAGGGAGAGAAAGAACAGAGGUCAUUCAAACAGUUCCUCUGAUGCUACUAGGGAUCCUGUAGAUGUCAUAGAUCUUUUUAGACCUUUUAAUGUAAAUUGUAUGAAGGAUGUUAGUAUUUUAUUUGCUGAUAUAGUUGGCUUUACUCGAAUGUCAUCAAAGAAAACAGCUUCUGAGCUUGUCUCAGUCUUGAAUGUUUUGUUUGAGCGUUUUGAUCGUCUUUGUAGUGAAAACUAUUGUGAAAAAAUCGCUACUCUAGGGGAUUGUUAUUACUGUGUCUCUGGAUGUCCGACAGCUAACUCACGUCAUGCACACUGUUGUGUUGAAAUGGGUUUAGGAAUGAUAAAAGCAAUCGCAGAAUUUGAUCGAGAAAAAGAAGAAGAUGUCAAUAUGAGAGUGGGUGUUCAUACAGGAACUGUUUUGUGUGGGAUUGUUGGGCGGAGAAGAUUUAAAUUUGAUGUUUGGUCAAAUGAUGUCGCUCUUGCUAAUAAAAUGGAAUCCACUGGCAAACCUGGUCGUGUUCAUAUUUCACAAACCACUAAAAAUUUUUUAGAUGACACUUACGUAUUUGAAGAUGGAGAUGUUGUUCAAGGUAUGGGAACAUAUUUUAUUGUUGCACCAAAGGAAUUAGUGCCGUCUCAAAUAGGUUCAACUCAGCUGACUGUCACCUCACCUACACAAACAAUGCCUAGUGAUCAGUCAGGAAAUUUUCCUUCCUUUGAGACAGCCCUCGCUUCUCAGUUACAGUCAGAAUCUUUGACCACAGCUCAUUCACAUCAAAAAUCUAACAAUGUCAACUGUACUAUCUCUCCAUUCGACCAUCUGAAGGAUUCUGAUCUGUUUAAAGAUGAAAAUUCAAGCCAAGGGUGUACAGCUUUGUCUACGCCAUCUUCACCUACCCCUCUUACACUUCCUAGACUUCUUUCUGAGCGAAUGAAUGCAGUCAAAGCCACUUCCUUGCCUAAUGUAUUUGCUCGAGAGAUGCAAGUAUGUCGGAGUAGAACCUCGCUUGUUGUUAAUCCUAGUCCUAAAUGUAAAUAUUCAAGACUGAAGAUAAUCUCGCUGAAGACAGCUGAAGAAUUGGGAAAUGGGAAAUCUGAACUCCCUUUUGGUUCUUCGCCGAAGCGAUCGCCACCUUCUCCACUAAAGAUACCUGUACAUUUAGAUGUUCCUAAAGAUGACCUUAGUUUUAGCCAGUCACUGAAUAGCCGGAAGGACUCUGGAAUUAGAAGCAACAGCAGACGGAGUAGUAUCCAGCAACAGUUAUUUUCUAUGAAUGGUCUGACUACAAAUGAGCUCAUGAAUCAUAGAGUAAGCGGUUACUAUACAUCGAGUCAGUUCUCCCUCAAUGAACUUGAAAAAGGAAAUGGACCUAAGCUACCUAGUCCUCUGGGUGAUUCUUUUGGGGCUUGUUUUCAAAAACUAAGGAAGCAAUCUGAUCUCCAGUUAAUUAAAUGUGUUCAGGUGAAUAGCCAGUCUGAAAGUAGUUAUUUUGUUUCUCCUCCCCUUAGACGGUGGACUCUCCUUUUUAAAGAUCCUGAAUUGGAAAGGCAGUAUCGAAGGAAUGCUCACAGAACGACAUCUGGAGGAGUUGCUAGAUCAAAGACAUUAGCAACUGCUCGAUUCAACACCUAUUUUGAUAUUACGAUAUCUUUAAUUGUAUUUUCAUCAGUUGCUCUUUCAUUACUCUUAUUUUUCCCAUUUAGCGUUUCUUGGAUAUCAGUACUAUCUGUUCUUUUACUUAUUCAAUUAUUUAUUAUCUUUUUAUGUAUCCGCUCUGCUAUCAAACCGCUUUUUAAAUGUCUUCAUCACUGUAUGUAUUGGUACAGAUGGCAUUUUAUUGGCGGUGCCUUGGUUUCUUUGCCUUUAAUAGCGCUGAUAACUAAUUUUCCCCAGUCUAUAGAUUCAGCUGAAUCUAUUUUCAAUUACACUUACUUACUUUUUAUAGCAAUAAUUCAUUAUUGCAAUUUUACUCAGUUGAACUGCUGGAUGAAAAGCUUCCUUGCAACUAUUGGCUCAGUUAUAUAUCUAAUGCUUAUUACUAUUACUAUUUUACAAAAUCCUUCAAUCUUAGAUUCAAAAAACCUAUCAAUUUUAUCUGAAAUGCAAAAUAAUUCAGACUUUUUACUGAGCUCCAAGUCCGAGUUCAUUCCUCCCCAGAUUAAUAAUCCAACCUUUAAUUCAAGAGAGAAAAGAUUUGAUGAUGCAACUGCCCUCUCAGACUUUGAUUACCUUAGUGACAAUGAAGAAUUUCUUCCUUUUCCAUAUAACGAUAGUGAUCCUGGCAGAAAUAAACGUUUUUUAGGCUUAGUUAGAAAUUCAACUGUAAAAUAUAUUAAUAUGACUAAUAUCCAUGAAAAUAAUAAUUUGUUGUACUCAGAAGCAUUUCUGAUUGAAAUAUAUCUUGAUAUUUUUUUGUUGAUUUUACUUGUGUGGUUUCUGAAUCGUGAAUUCGAGAUAAGUUACCGCUUGAGUUUUCAUGGAAAUGAGGUCGCAGCUAAUGAUCAGAAAAAAGUGGCAGAAAUGAAGGAUUUGUCAGAUUGGCUUCUAAAUAACAUUAUACCCAGUUAUGUUGCUGAUCAUCUUAAAAGUACAACUAAAGGGUAUUCUGAAGAUGUGAAAGAUGCAGGAAUAUUAUUUGCCAGCAUUGUCAAUUUCAGUGAACUUUAUGAUGAAUCAUUCAUGGAAGGAAGAGAAUGCCUUAGAGUAUUAAAUGAAUUGGUCAGUGAUUUUGAUGAGCUUCUAAGUCAGCCAAGAUUUAAUAUGGUGGAAAAAAUAAAAACAAUAGGAUCAACAUUCAUGGCAGCAUCAGGAUUGAAUCCUUCCCAAAGAAGGAGCGACAGUAACGAACACCUUUUUCAGUUGAUGGAAUUUGCAUUUGCAUUACAAGCAGCAAUAAAGAAUUUCAAUGCUCAUUUGUUAGAAUUUAAUCUUAUUUUAAGAGUGGGUUUCAACUUUGGAGAUGUUACGGCUGGAGUCAUUGGAACAACAAAGCUACAUUACGAUAUCUGGGGUGAUGCUGUCAAUAUUGCUAGUCGAAUGGACACUACCGGUGUCCCUAAUCGAAUUCAGGUGUCAGCAGCAUGCGUACAGGUUCUCUCUGCCUGCUACAACUUCGAGAGAAGAGGAACAGUUUAUGUGAAAGGGAAGGACAACAUGGAUGUAUAUCUUGUUAUAGGUAGGAAAGAGGAAUUAGACAUAUCUGAUCCUAAGAUAUCAUGAGAUUAAUUUUUUUAUAUUGGUCUUAUAAUAUAUUUUAAUUGAAUUAAUUUAUUCAACAAAUUUUAAAGUUAAAGUUUUACAGCACCUAGAAUUUUAAUGCUAAUAACUGAUGCUGCCAAUUCACAAAAUGUUUUUUAGUAAUUUGUGAGAUUAUAUUUUAUUUAUAUUUAUAAAAUUAAUACAAAGAAAUAGUUAAUUUGAAUGGUGUAUUUUUAUUUUGAAUGAUUUGGAUGUGCUUGAAAAAUG